AUGUCCAAAAUCAGGUGUGCUCUACUUAUUGUACAGUAUGUGGACUGUGAGGAUUCUGUAGUUGGUUUAACGUUUAAAACGAAGAAACCGUUUUCUGGAAGAGUUUACGUACACGGUAUGGCUGGUGAUGAGAAAUGUAGCAGGGCUUUCGUUGACAAUCGUAAUCAAAGCAGGCUCUCGUUAAGCUUUAAAAAUGGUGAUUGCACUAUGCAACGACAGCGCCUCUCAGGAAAGAUCCAGGGUUUGUUGUCGUCGUUGAUAGUGGUUGUGUCGUUCCAUGGUACAUUUGUCACUAAAGCCGAUCGAGCCUACAAAUGUAUUUGCUUUUUCAGAAGCCAUAAAACUCUAACAAACUCAAUCGUCCAUCCUUUUAAAUUUACCGAUUUUUGUUGGAUGCGCGUUAACUACUAUCAUCCUAAUGGUUCUACACAAUAUUUUCCAGAAAUGUCACCUAUUGGAACGACGGAGUUACUGAACACUCUACCUACCCCAACAUGCACAUACUCAAUCCAUACUGAAUCCCCUGAUGGUCCCAUUUUGAUCUGCACCGUUGGUGAUGGGCGCGGUGAAAAAGUUGAUCUCAUUGACAUCGACGGAUGUGCUAUCGAUCCUGCCAUUCAACCAGACGUAUCCUAUGCGGAUCGGAACAGAGUUGGCCCUGCUCAUCUCUAUUUCAUUUGCUACGCGAUAUAUUCCAUUGAUGCUGUUGUGGAGGUGUUCGGCUACAAAUUCAGUGACGCUACUGUUCUUAAUUACGAGUGUGUUCUGAAAGUGUGCCGAUCGCCUAUGGAAUGCGAGAAUCUUAUUCCCCCGAAAUGUGACCGGAACAAAACCGAAAAUCUCCUUUCCAUUAACGGAACACUGAAAUUUACAGCUGAAGAGGCACUUCGUAGACCGGGGAUGGUUGAAGUGGCCGCCACGUUAACUAUGGAGGAGCGCAUGAAUAUGAACACAGUGACGUCGGGAGGUAAUAUUCCAGCUCUGGAGCUUAAACAGCAUAAGGCGAGAACGUCUGCGUUUUCUCAAAACAUUUGUAUUCCCACCCUAGGAAUUUUGCUCACUGCCACUUUACUAGCGUUUACAAUCGUUGCAUCGAUGUUUCUAAUAUUUUAUGUAGCACGUUAUCAUACAUAUGUGGUAAAUCCGAAGCAGUUCAUCCUUUAA